AUGAAUGAAAAGCUAUCCAAGGAAGAUGGGAGUGAACAAGCUGACGAAAGGGUCUAUAGGCAAAUUGUUGGAAGUCUGUUGUACUUGACUGCAACAAGGCCAGACAUUAUGUUUGCAGCAAGUCUUUUGGCUAGAUUUAUGCAUGAACCUACUAGAAAACAUAUGGGAACUGCCAAAAGGGUACUGAGGUACAUUCAAGGCACAUUUGAUUAUGGCAUAGUGUAUGAGAAAGGAAAAGAAGCAAGGCUCAUUGGCUACUGUGACAGUGAUUGGUCUGGGAGUGAGGAUGACAUGAGAAGCACCUCUGGAUAUGCAUUUAAUCUUGGAUCUGGUGUGUUCUCGUCAAGCAAAGUGGGUGCUACUACAAUUCUAUGCGAUAAUACCUUUGCUAUUGCCAUAACUAAGAAUCUGGUGCAUCAUCAUAAGACAAGACAUAUAAACAGAAGGUUUCACUUCAUCCGAGAUGCUUUGCAAAAUAGAGAGAUUGAUUUACUGUAUUGCAAAACUGAAGAACAGAUUACAGACAUCUUUACCAAGGCUCUAGCAAAAGAUCAGUUUGAAUACCUGAGAAGAAAGCUUGGAGUAAUCUCAGCUAAACACUUAGAAGGGAGUGUUGAAUUAUAA